GACCAGGGAGUGGACCCUCGGAGGUCUUGAGCUAUCAGGGGACCUCCAGAAAGCCAUGCCGAGUCUUAAACCAUGAAGGACUAUGCCGACGUCAUCCUCCGUCCAGAAGCGAGUGAGUUGAGCAAGACAGAGUUCUGCAAUCCUGCUUUCGACCCGGAAGCAGGGCCAUCCUGCCCUCCGCCAGCGUUACAGAGGGAUGUCGGCAGCAAGCUCCAAGCCCCCUGGCAGGCCCAGCGUCUCCGGGGGCUACAGCCCGACUGCCACUUCUCCUGGUUCUGUAUUCUGCUGCUCAGUGGCCUGCUGCUCCUGCUGCUGGGGCUACUGGUGGCUGUCAUCCUGGCUCAGUCGCAGGCUAUAUCCCUCCCCAGGACUACCAAGAACCCACUGCUCACCCGAGGCCUCACCCCCAUGGGUGUCAUUCCCAGCACCACCCCUAACACCACCACCACCACCCCCGCCACUACCACCACCACCCCAGCAAGCACAGAGCAGCAGGAGGCAGCCAUGAGCCCUACACACCUGACCACCUGUGGAGGCCUCCUUCCUGGUCCCAGUGGUUUCUUCAGCAGCCCUAACUACCCAGACCUCUACCCACCCCUCAGCCACUGUGUCUGGCAUAUCCAGGUAGCCGCAGGCCAGACAAUACAGCUCAAGAUUCAAGCCCUCAGCAUAGAGAGUAUGCUCACCUGUCUUUUUGAUCGCUUGGAAAUUAUCUCAGAGCCUACAGGCCCUCUCCUCAGGGUGUGUGGUAAAACACCUCCUGCCACAUUAAACACAAAUACCAGCCGCCUCCGUGUGUCCUUCGUCUCUGAUAACGAUGUGGAAGGGUCUGGUUUCCAGGCCUGGUACCAAGCAGUGGCCCCUGGACAUUGGAGCUGUGCCCAUAAUGAGUUCCACUGUGACCUUCUCCUCUGCCUGAAGCGUGACUCUGUAUGUGACGGUAUUACGGAGUGUGUCGAUGGCAGUGACGAGGCCAACUGCAGUGACAAGACAUUGGGGUGUGGAGGGAACCUGACUGGGCUCUAUGGGGUGUUCUCUACCCCAUACUACCCACAGCACUACCCUCACCAACAGCUUUGCACCUGGUACAUCGAAGUGCCUGUGGGGUACGGGAUAAGACUGGAGUUCCACAACUUCAGUCUGGAAGCACAGGCUGAGUGCAAGUUUGACUACGUGGAAGUGUACGAGGCCAGCAACCUGGGAACCUUCAGCUUCCUGGGCAGGUUCUGUGGAGCAGAGCCACCACUCAACGUCGUCUCCUCCAUGCACCAGCUGGCUGUAAUCUUCAAGACGGAUCUUGGUAUCAGCAGCGGGGGCUUUUUAGCCACCUACCAGGCCAUCAAUACUACAGAGAGUGGGUGUCCCUGGGCAGACCUUUGUGGGCCCACAGAGUUCUGCCAGAGCGGAGGAUAUAGGGAUCUGCAAUGGAUGUGUGACUUAUGGAAAGACUGUGCAAAUGACAGCAACGACAACUGCAGCAGCCACUUGUCCCCACAACCGGACCUGACCUGUGAACCUGUCCAGGUGGAGAUGUGCCUUGGACUAAGCUACAAUACCACGGCCUUUCCUAACAUCUGGGUGGGCCUGGCCACGCAGACAGAGGUGACAGACAUCCUCCGAGGCUACAAGAGUCUGACAAGUCUACCCUGCUACCAGACUUUCCAGAGGUUCCUCUGUGGGCUGCUUGUGCCUCGAUGCACCUCACUGGGCACUAUCCUACCCCCUUGUCGUUCUGUCUGCCAGGCGGCAGAGCAGCAGUGCCAGUCUAGCCUGGCAUUAUUGGGCACCCCCUGGCCUUUCAACUGCAACAGGCUACCUGUGGCAGCUAGCCUGGAAGCUUGCUCCCAGCCCUGACCU